AUGGCGCGAUUUCGCAGAAGGUCGAGUGGCAACAGCUACCAAGUAAGUCGAGGUCGGCCGGCCGGCCGCCCUCUCGCCCGAACGACUAGCCUAAAAGUCAUCGCGAAAAAAAUUGAAACGAACAAAUUGAUCGGCGCGCAGCGCUUGGGAAAGCUGGCGUGCGGAGUGUGCAGCUCGAGCGUGAUGGGCAGCUCGCUGUACGUGACGGUGAUAGGCCUCAUCGGAACGGCGGUGACGGCGUUCAACGUGAUGCGCAUCGUGAACCGCAAGCCCGAGCCAGACUACCCGGCGGAUCCGACGAGGCCUUCGCGAGUCAGAGCCGCCGGUCCGUUGCCGGCCGCCGCGCCGCCGCGCCGCCGCGGUAUUUUUAACCGAGCCGCGGAUUCGGUUGCAGUGCCCGAGGAAGUCGAGCGCGAUCUGAAGCUGAUGACCUCGAUCCUGAGCAUCGAACACUACACGCUGAUAAUGCUCGGCGCGCUGACCGACUACCCGAUGCUGCACGCGCCCUGGCUACUCAUGCAGCUGUGCGUGAUAGCCGUCGAGCUGCUGGUCUUCCUCGUGCGGCUGUUCCUCGAGGGCCUGCACGUUAGCCGCGACGAGGUGCUGCUGUCGAUGCUCAACCUGCACAACUGGAUGCAGGUGUUCUGCCUGUUCGAGCGCCAGGCCGCCGGCCGUCUCGGCUGA